AAGACAAUAUCGUUGCUACUGUAAUUCAUUCUUAGUGACUGUUGAUGGUCUGUCCAGGACAUCAGCGUAAUCUCAGAAAAUGAUAUAUAGUGAUCCGAGCGUGUGCCAAGUAUACGAAUGUGUUUGAACCGUGGAUCUUUCAUGCGUCACACACGAUCUCCAGAGACUUUAUAGCUAACCAGGCAUAACAGGUUGCUUCGAGUAGUCCCUGAAUUUCCAAGAUGUUAUGUGCACAUAUUAUCAUUCCGGAAUACAUUGAAUAUGGUUAAAGUGGAGGGAGACAUCGUUGAUACUCACUUCAACUUUAGCUGCUCUCACGUUGAGAAGUCCUUAAGAAUGUUUUCCAUUAGUAUUUUUACGAUUCUGGUGAUCGCGACGAACAGCGAAUCUGUGAAUUUCUUGACAAAGUGCUGCGACAUUGAUCAUGUAUUUAACGACAAUUAUGAUUGUGUAUAUCGUGAAAAUCAAAACCAAACGCUUUUUCAUGCAUUGAACGUGACCGAUAUUAGCAGCAUAUCUUACAACGUAUGUUUUGCAAAUAGCACAGAAGACAACUGGACGCAAGAUGGCAACAUAAAUAUUACCUGGACCGGGAACACGUGUUUGGAGAUCUUGGCGAACGGUACAGUGAUCUCACGAAAUUGUUCAAGAGCCAUGUAUAACGGGAUGGACCAAUGUGACAGCAUCUUUACACCGUUAAAAUUUUGGGGCGCUAGUAUAGUGGUGUUUGCGAAUAUAAUAUACGUGUUUCCAUAUUUGAUAGUCGUAAUUUUUUACUUUGCAAUUUCUGAUCUUCGUCAUCGUGCUUAUGACAAAGCUGUAUUGUGCUAUAACGGCAGUCAAUUAGUAAUUGCUUUGAUACUACUUGGCAUGGGACUCGUAAUUUUAUGUCAUAAAUCAAUAAAUUCAAUGUUACUCGUUCUGUUCGGUCUGAGCUUAAUGUUUCUCACGAUAUCCUCGGUAUUCUGGCUAUUCUUCAUUUGCUUCGACAUGACUUUGGUAAUUACUAGAUUUCGCUGGAUGCCAUCGGCCGAUCCACAGGGUACGGAGGAGGCACGGAAAUUUCGCAUUUAUUCGGCAUUUGCUUGGGGCGGAGCUUUUGUGCCGACUGCGUUUGCUUGCUUCAUGGAACUGUUACCAAUUGUUCCGAAACAUUCACCGUUAAGGCCAGAUUUCGAAAGAUUCGACGACGGUGCUAAUCUCGGGGUUAUUGUUUACGUUACCACAUUACCCGUUAUAAUGUGCGUUAUGAACAAUGUCCUUUUCGUUUACACAACGUAUAAGAUCAUACGUAUACGUAAGACGACGGCGGUGGCCAAUGAAAAUGUAUCGAGGAACGCAAAAAAAAAGUACUUCGUUUUCCUCAGGUUGUACUUACUGAUGGAUGCUCCAUGGAUAAUUGGUGUAUUGGCAGCUAUUUAUACGGAUUUAUGGGUCUUGAAAUUCUGCAGGAUGAUUCAGCCAAUUCUUAUGUUGCUUGCGAUUUUGCCAAAAAAGAUAUUAAUCAAUGCUUUCCGCUGUAACAAAGAAAAACAAAAUAUAAAGAAUGGAAGUCGGAAAAUUUAAAAAGGUGUUGUUGUGCACUGUUAAAAUUAUAAGGGUAGAUAAGUAUAAUACGCCACUCGCGCCAAUGAAAAUAUAUAUUAAGCAUUAAUCCAUUUUUUCAUAAUUUCAUGUCUUAUUAAUAUUUGGUAAGAAUUAUAAAUAUAUGUAUAUUUAUAUCGGAAAGAAAAAUCGUCGCAUCCUAUCGCUUUGUACUACUACGACUGAUAAAUAUAAUUAAUUAAGGAUUUUAUCAUUUA